GCAAAGGCACCACUAAAGGCAGGGGGCAGUCACAGCCCAAGCACCGGCUCAUCAUUGCACAACUCGCCAUAUGCCCGCCAUGAAACGCAUCACGCCACUGAUCUUGCUGAAUGCUCUCUUUUGGUGUCUAGAACCAGGUCGGUCUUGGAAGAGUUACAAGGAAGCUCACCUUUGUCACCAGUGGAUUGGUCAACAACCUCAACUCCUACGGAGCAAACAUCACGGCCAUGUGCAGUGGACUCACCACCUACAAAGCUUAUGAAGUUCACGGAACUCAAGUCAACCGGGGACCAUGCGUCACCCUCAAUGUCCUGAAAGUUGUGGACCUGAAGUACUGCAACAACAAUGGCAACAUUGACCAGGGUCAGGAUCAGGGUCCGGAUCAGGGUCAGGAUGGCAGCCAGGAAGUCAUCAUUGCUGGCCAGUCCCAAAUUGUCACCCUCCACAAGCAAUGGCGCGUGGCAGUUAUCCAGCAAACGACCGUCAGUGGCUCCUGGAAAACCAUCUGGAACUACAACACGGGCGUCAUUGCAACCAAAGUCCCGCAACAGAACGCCUGCUACAUUUCCAUCAUGAACAAAAGCAAGAUGCCCAGCUUUGACAAUCUGGCCAGACUGGCCAGAGAGAGCAGGAACCAGGUCGGUCUUGGAAGAGUUACAAGGAAGCUCACCUUUGUCACCAGUGGAUUGGUCAACAACCUCAACUCCUACGGAGCAAACAUCACGGCCAUGUGCAGUGGACUCACCACCUACAAAGCUUAUGAAGUUCACGGAACUCAAGUCAACCGGGGACCAUGCGUCACCCUCAAUGUCCUGAAAGUUGUGGACCUGAAGUACUGCAACAACAAUGGCAACAUUGACCAGGGUCAGGAUCAGGGUCCGGAUCAGGGUCAGGAUGGCAGCCAGGAAGUCAUCAUUGCUGGCCAGUCCCAAAUUGUCACCCUCCACAAGACAUGGCGCGUGGCAGUUAUCCAGCAAACGACCGUCAGUGGCUCCUGGAAAACCAUCUGGAACUACAACACGGGCGUCAUUGCAACCAAAGUCCCGCAACAGAACGCCUGCUACAUUUCCAUCAUGAACAAAAGCAAGAUGCCCAGCUUUGACAAUCUGGCCAGACUGGCCAGAGAGAGCAGGAACCAGGUCAGUCUUGGAAGAGUUACAAGGAAGCUCACCUUUGUCACCAGUGGAUUGGUCAACAACCUCAACUCCUACGGACAAGACAUCACGGCCAUGUGCAGCGGACUCACCACCUACAAAGCUUAUGAAGUUCACGGAACCCAAGUCAACCGGGGACCAUGCGUCACCCUCAAUGUCCUGAGAGCUGUGGAGUUGAAGUACUGCAACAACAAUGGCAACACUGACCAGUCUCAGCAGAGUGAUGACAACUGCCAGAUCUCUGUUGGGGGAGUCUUCCAAAAUAUGACCAUCAAUAGUCAAACACGUGUGGCAGUUUUUGAACAAAGAAGCAACGAUUUGUCUUGGAAAACCAUCUGGAACUACAACACGGGCGUCAUUGCAACCAAAGUGAUGCAAGAGAGAACUUGCUACAUUUCCGUCAUGAACCAGAAGGAGAUGCCCAGCUUUGAUGCCCUGCUCAGACUGGCUGCAGAGAACAGGAACCAGGUCAGUCUUGGAAGAGUUACAAGGAAGCUCACCUUUGUCACCAAGGGAUUGGACAGCAACCUCAACUCUUAUGGAGCAGACAUCUUCUCUAUGUGCAGCGGACUCACCACCUACAUGACCUAUGAAGUUCAUGGAGCCCAGCUGAAUCUCAGAUCGUGUACUACACUUGACGUCCUGAAAGUUGUGGACCUGAAUUAUUGUCGUGGCAAUAUAAUGGCCUGAAAACUUUACGUUUCUUGAACCAAGUGUGGAGGAUCCAGAGCUGCUGCCCAAAGCCAACCCUGAUGCCCUUCUUCCCAGGCAUCUCCCCUUUCCAGAGAUCCCUUCUUGAGGAUGGAGAUGCUAAAAUACAUGAAUGAGUUACCAGAGCUUUCAAUUAAAGACCUUCAUCAUGGAUUGA